UACGAAACUCAUCACUGCACCGAAGAAGAAGCCGAUGUAAGCACUGAAUCCUUGUUUUUCUGGCAAGACUCAGCAUACACCUCCUUUUUUGGAGGCAAAGAGACAACGGAUACUGCAGGACAUGCAGAAGCCCAAACAGCCUCAAAGCGAAGAUGUCCUCCUUCCCUUACCAAGUGCAACAGACACAUCUGCCAAAUUGAGUACCCCACUCUCCAAAGCCAAAAUUAAGACGCGCGGCGAGCCCGGAACUCCAGAAGUUGGCAACACCGAUGUAGGUGACCUCACAGUGGACUUGGAGAGCACAAAGAUCGAUAUCAAGCUACCCAAGCGCGCGCUCGCAACCUUCCGUUGCAUGUUCCCCGCAACAGUAGAAGAGCACCAGAAGAACAUUGACUGGAAUACGUUUGUGGAUAGCACGUCUGAUGCUGGGUUCACUGCGAGCAAUGGCGGCGGAUCGAUGGUCACAUUCGAGAAUGUUGUUGGCAAGAUUAUCUUCCAUCGGCCUCACCCUGAGCUAAGUAUUGAUCCUAUUAUGCUGCAGUCGAUGGGUAACCGGAUGAAUGUGGUUUGGGUGGCAGCGGGAGCUCUUCGUUUUGGCGAAGAAGUAAUGGUUUGGAUAUCUUUGAAUCAACAACAUCUACGCGCCUAUUAUACAGCGCGAUAUUAG